UAGAUCUUGUAGGUUCUUCUUGUGUUCACUUCAUGCUGGUCUCCCUCCAUUCUGCUACAAUCUUACAACAAUCUAACAAGAUGUCCGGUGAAGUUCUCUACUCCAGUGUCAAGUUCACUCGGAAACCAGGUGACCAAGCAGGUGCUAAACUGUGUGCAGGAAGAGAAGAUGAUGUCACCUAUGCUACAGUGAAGUUUGCAGAAGCUCCAACCUCCCAGCAGCAGCAGCAGACAGACCCCAGCCGCAGACCGGAUUUAAGAACUAAAGAAGACCAUGAGAAAUACACAAGCCUGUCCACAAAUUAUUCAUCAUUACUGAAUCAGCUCCAGGACUUGAGCAGUGACUACAGCAACCUCAACAAGAAUCAUUCUGAGCUGCAGAGUAACUAUAGCAAGCUCUCUGGAUCUCACUCUAAUCUGCAGAAUAACUAUAGCAGGCUCAAUGAAACUCAUUCUGAGCUGCAGAGUAACUAUAGCAAGUUCUCUGGAUCUCACUUUAAUCUGCAGAGUAAUUAUAGCAGGCUCAAUGAAACUCAUUCUGAGCUGCAGAGUAACUAUAGCAAGCUCUUACAAAAUCAGAGCCAGCUAGUAGAUGAGAAAAACACACUCCAAAAAGAAAAUUCUGAAUUGAAAAAGAACAAUACUGAGCUUUCUGUGAAAUCAUCAAUCUUGGAUAAAUACUGUCCUCUCAAAGAAGGCUCUUCAAAGGUUGUGACCGAGCGCUGUUGAGUGGCGUGUGAGUGGUGACGUCAUGGACCAGAAACAGGAACCAAAACAAGGAAUGGCGGUGGGUGAAACUGAACGCUACGGCGCUCAGUGCUUUUAUUUAAUAAUAAAUAAACAAAAGAUUUAAACAAGCAAGACAGUACAAAACAAAACGGCGUGUUAGUCAAACAAAUAAAGUUUAGCAGUUGCUUGGUUUUGGUUUUGUUUUCUCUCUCCUCGCUCUCUCCGCUCUCACGCCUAAUACACUCUCCGCCGAGGGUAGAGAGCUGCAGGUUUAUAUACAGUGACCAUCUCCCGAUUAGCAACAAUUAAUCAAUGAAUUAACUGGGGAGAUGGUCACCGUCUGCACGAGUUUAAUAAGGAUACAUGACUGUCAACUAGCUAAAUAAAUCACUAGCUGAUCAGUCACGCAUCCUCACGAGGUUUUUAAAAUAUAAAAACAAUAACAAAUAUGUAGCGCUUUGAUCUGCGCCGCAAACAAAAAUACAAAUAAUAAUAAAUAUAUAUAUAGGGGCGGGACACCGCGCCACACAUGCCCAA